UGUGUUGAGGGAGAUAUUGUAGGCACGAGUUUUUUUGGGACUCAGGGAAUUGGGCAGAACACGGGGAUUAAUAAUUUUGGGACUACUCCCAAUUCCUUUCCUGGCACGUCUGGUAUAGGAAAUAAUUUUGGAAUAUCUACUUCUGGAAUUGGGACUAACAGUGCAUUUGGUCAGCAGAAUACUGCAUUUAGUGGAUUUAACCAGCAACAGAAUACUGCAUUUGGUGGUCAAAAUAGUGGAUUGGGGCAGCAGAAUAAUAACUUUGGUGGAUUUAAUCAACAGCAGAAUAAUAUCGGAUUUAGUGGACAGAAGACUAAUUCCUUAUUUGGUGGACAGACUGGGGGGUUUACCCAGCAACAGAAUACUGGAUUUAGUGGACAAACUAAUAAUGCAUUUGGCCAACAGCCCAAUAAUUCUUUCGGAGUAACAACAUCUGGAUUCAAUACACAGUCUAAUAAUUCUUUUGGAGUAACAAACUCCGGAUUUAAUCAACAACCAGCUAAUCCUUUUGGAGGAACAUCCUCUACAUUUAAUCAACAGCCAGCUAAUCCUUUUGGUGGAACAAACUCUGGAUUUAAUCAGCAGUCCAAUAAUCCAUUUGGAGGAACAAACCCAGGAUUUAAUCAACAACCCAAUAAUGCUUUGGGGGGAACAAACACGGGAUUCAAUACACAGUCGAAUAAUCCAUUUGGAGGAACAAACUCGGGAUUCAAUCAGCAGCCCAAUAAUCCAUUUGGAGGAUCAAACUCUGGAUUCAAUCAACAGCCAGCUAAUCCUUUUGGAGGAACAUCUUCUACAUUCAAUCAACAGCCAGCUAAUCCUUUUGGUGGAACAAACUCCGGAUUCACUACACAGUCCAACAAUACUUUGGGAGGAACAAACUCUGGAUUCAAUCAACAAACAAAUAAUCCAUUUGGGGGAACAAAUUCUGCAUUUAAUCAACAGCAGACCAAUAAUCCAUUCGGAGGAACAACCACGGGAAUUGGACAGCAGACCAAUAAUCCUUUUGGAGGGACAACUCCUGGACUUGGACAACAAACUAAUACAACCUUUGGUCAGACGAAUACUAACUUUGGACAGCCUAAUCCCUUUGGUGGACAAACGGGGACUAAUCCCUUCAGCACACAAAACAGUAUUCGUUUGUCUAUUUAUUUAUAG